AUGGUCGAAAUUAAAGAUAGUUCAGGUGUGUUAACAUUGAACACUGGUGCUAAGAUUCCUGUGAUUGGAUUGGGAACUUUUCGUGCAGAAAAGAACGAAGUGUACAACGCUGUUUUGCAUGCAUUGAAAAACGGCUACAGGCAUAUCGAUACCGCAGCAGUUUACGGAAAUGAACAAGAAGUUGGUAAAGCCAUUAAGGAUUCCGGAGUGCCAAGGGAGGAAUUGUUUAUUACUACGAAGUUGUGGGUCUCCCAGUUUAGAGACCCUGAGAGGGCUUUAAAUGGAUGUUUAAGACGUCUGGGUUUGGACUAUGUUGACCUAUAUUUGCUUCAUUUCCCAAGACCUCACAAGGAAAACGACUUGGAUGGAGAUACCCUAAAUAUUUCAAAUGCUUUGGUACUUCCUUUCGUGUACGAUGAAGAAUGGAAUUUCGUGAAAACCUGGCGUCUUGCUCAAAAGUUACCAGAGACUGGUAAAACUAGAGCUGUUGGUGUGUCUAACUUUGACGUCAAUAACUUGAAGGAGCUUUUGGAUGAUCCAGAACUAAAAGUGAUUCCUGCGGUCAAUCAGAUUGAAAUCUCUGUCUGCCUUCCAAGAGAUGAUGUUGUAGAAUUUUGCAAGAGCAAGAACAUUUUGGUUGAAGCGUACUCUCCUUUGGGCUCUACGGGCGCUCCUGUUGCAAAGGAACCAGAGGUCAUUGAGCUUGCUGAAAAGUACGGUGUUUCUCCAGUGCAAGUUUUGAUCAACUAUCCCAUCAACAGAGGCCUUAUUGUGCUACCAAAAUCAAUCACUAAAGAAAGAAUUGAUGCCAACCUUAAGACGUUUAAAAUAGAAAGUGAAGAUAUGGAAAAACUCCAUAACGUUCACAAGAGAACUGGCUUGAGGAGUAUAUAUGAUGGUUGGGCCGGUCUCGAAUAA